CUUACUUUCUGUCUUGCAUGAUAAAUAAACUUAUUAGGAAAGUUUUUCAUCAGCAAAUAACUUAGUUUAAGAAAACAUGUCUUAGAAGCCAGAAGUUUCUUUAAAAACAAGAACUCUUGGCAGAUUUCUUUAAAGAAAUGUGGUCAAAUUGUAGCAAUUUUUAAUUUAUUUCUAGUGUUGAAUCUUAAAAAGCCACUUAUCAAAGGCUCCCAGCCUCCAUCUUUUAGGAAACAUGAGAUCUUCUUCUUCUCAGAGAAAACGGCUUGGUGUUGAACAGGAACACAUGCUGGCUGACAAAGAAACUAUCAAAGGUUAUUUCUCAGGGAUAUUUGCUUUCCACAAAUCUACGUCAGGAUUCUUUUAAAACUCUGCUUCAUUGAGUCGGACUCCAGCAUGUUAUGUGCAACAAGAGGCUUUAAAAGAUUAAGAGUGACUGCUUUACUGCUCCCUCUCCCUGCUUUUUGCUCUUAAUCCAGACUAAUGGUCACUGCAGGCUGACAGCAUCUUUCAACAGCCUUCUCAUCCGGAGAUGACAUCAAUCCAAUCUGCUGUGCAGGACGACAGCGGAUGAAGUCCUACUGUAACUGAACCUGCUCUGCUGACAGAUCCUGACCGUCUCCAUGAUGAGUGACAUCACACUGUUGGGGUUUUUGUGGCGCUCUGCUGGGGCUUUUUCCUUCCCCAUGCAGCCACAGAGGGAGGAACCCACCAGUGAAGCAGCAGCUGAGACACAAAGCACCUAGGAGGCACCUCUGAGUUCGUCAGACGUGAGGAAUCUGAUCCAGACAGCCAUAAAUUUGAAUUUAAAUGAGAAGUCCCAAAACAGGAGCGGCCUCUGUUUAAUUGGAACAAAUGGAAGUUGGAUGUCUGUCAGAAGUGAAGAGGAAGACCUCAGGGACCCGACGGGACGCUACUUGUUGACAGUUGAUAGGCUGCUGCUGUUUGCAGCCGGGCAGCUGAUAGUUCCUGUCAGCUGGAGCUGAAAAUGCCCCCUUCCCUUCAUCCAUGGCUGUUGCCUCCACACCCUUAAACCCCCUCUGGGGUCCUGAGCGAGGGGCUAAGCCGGGUAACAGAGUAAUCAGAUGAGAACAGAGGCAGGAGGAGUCACGUGGGAGGGGGGCACGUUUGCUGAAGGGGAUUAAUAAUCUGGCAUCUUGAUUGAACUUCAGCUGCUCUCCUUUGCAAAUUGGAGGUGGGGUUGGGGGGUGGGGGGUUGUUCAAUGAUCCAAAAGACAAAAAGACAGAUUUGCAAAGACGAAGAGAGCCGAGAAGAGGCAGAGAUGGGAGCGGAGAGAGGGAGUGUGAGGAAGAGAGAGCGAGGAUAGGAGGCGCAGCGCAAUGCAGUGGGGAGGGGGGAGAGAGGGAUGUAGAGGCGGGAAGCCCCCACCGCUAGCACACCAGACAACGCAGGCAGGCACCGAGGGAAGACGGCGGCAGAGGGGGCCCCUGGCAUCUCCAGACGCUCUCCGGUGAUGGGAUGAGGGGCUCAGGAGCACCACGACGGGGGGACGAGAGGGAGGAGCAGGGAGGCGACCCAUCCAGAGACAGGCAUCGGAAACAAGCAGAUCUGAGCCGAGGAGGAGAAAAAACGGAAAAAAGUUUGGGAGAAGGAGAAGAUGAAAAGAGGCUGAACGUCAAAGUGGAGGUGAUGGCAGCGGUGGGAGGAGCUUCAUGGAGGAGGAAGGUACCUUAACCUCAAGUUCUGCUCCUCUUCUUCAUCCUCUGAGGCUGCGAGACAUCAUCCAUCACCAUGUUCUCCGACGGCGGGGAGCAGAAAGGCUUCAAGUCCCCCCACUUCAUCCCAUGGUUGCGCAAUAGUCUGAAGGGUCAUCACAGCAGCGGCGACCUGGGGCUCAACGGCCCGUUCCGGUCAGGUUCAGAAGCCAGGAACCACGUGACGCCGCUAGAGAAAGCCAAAGGCAUCAGCUUCUUCUCCAUCCCGGGAAAAGGUCGGCCACAGAAGGGCGAGCUCCGGUGUAACGGCAUGGGGGUGCUGCGGGGGCACCACGUUCACCCAGGCAAGCAGACGGAGGACAACCCCAGGAAGCAGAGCCAGACCAAAGAGCGGGACCCCAAAGCUGCACCGAGCCCAGGUGGUGGGCCGCCAGGCCUGCAGGACGCCGCUCGGGACAGACGGCGGGCUGUGAGGAAGCACAGCAGCCAGCUGAGCCCGCAACAGCGUGAAGGCGCUUCCGCCUGGAAGUAUGGGCCUCUAGUGGGACCUCCUCUAGUGGGGCCUCCUCUAACGGGACCUCCUCUAGUGGGACCUCCUCUAGUGGGACCUCCUCUAGUGGGACCUCCUCUAGUGGGACCUCCUCUAGUGGGACCUCCUCUAGUGGGGCCUCCUCUAACGGGACCUCCUCUAGUGGGACCUCCUCUAGUGGGACCUCCUCUAGUGGGACCUCCUCUAGUGGGACCUCCUCUAACGGGACCUCCUCCUACUCCUGUUGCGGAGGAGUCCAUCUGCAGCAUGCCUGUUGCUCUGUGCAUGGAUGAGCGGACAGGACAGCUGCUGGACCGCAGCAGGCGCGCCACAUUCCGUCACAGAGACCCGCUCUCAUCCAUCUGGCUGAACUCAGACACUCAGGGACACACAGAGCGGCAGCAGGACUUCAGCUCCACCUGCAGCUCCAUCCACAAACACAGCCGGAACCAGGACCGUCUGGACCUCAAAGAGCCACCUGUGGAAGGUUUCAGGGAACCCCCCAACGGCCUCGUCUUCCCCGCUGAGUUUCCCAGCAGAACCUCUGGAUGCACAGCGACUCUAAGAGGCCCACGGAAAGCCAGAGCGGACCCACAAGCAGUAGCAAGCACGGAUCAGAACCGGACGUGGGCACGGCACAGACCCAACACUGAGGCGGUGUCGGAGAGGAGGGAAGCCGGCUGCAGAGGGAAGGUGGUGAGAAACCAGAUCCAACGAGUGGUGGACAACCUGGAGAAGGUUCUGACGGCUCUGAGGGACGUUCAGGACGAGAUGAAAGAGGUGGUGCAACAGAUCGACUCUCUGACCUCCUCCAUUGAUCUGAAUGAAGAGGAGCAGCAGGAUUGUGGAGGAGACCAAAAGCCUCCCAGCGACAGCAGCUCCGGUUCCAGCUCCACCCAUCCGAGGUCUGCUGAUGCUGGAAAGCAGCGAGGAGCGGCAGGCUGGAGUGGCGCCGUCAGGAGAGAACAUCCCAGCAGGAGCCAGUCUCCAAAGAACCUGCAGACGGGCCGGACGGCCGCUGGGUUUCUGUCGGAGAGCAGCCGGACUCUUCACUUGGCCUCCGGUCCGCUGUUUUCUCCCAAAAAAGCUGGAUUGAAGAACUUCUCCACAUUAGGUUCUUCAAACCAGCUUCCAAACCUGAACUCCAGCGAUCAUACUCUGUCUCCCCAGAGGAGCCUUCCCGGUCGGCCUCCGACUCCCGGUCUUUCUCCUAUAACAGUCAGCCUCCAUCGUCCCCCCAGCCCUGCCUCCCAGCCUCAUUCGCCUGGGGCGUCCUCCUCCAUCAGGACCAGCCGCGCAUCCCCUCCCUCUCGGCUGUCUCCACAGCCCUGUCCGCCCCCUGCCCUCAGUCCUUCUGUCAUCAUAGAGACCAAAGGGGGGCCUUAUCAGACCUCACAAAGCGGCCUCCCAUCUGCCGCUGCCCUCACUCCAUCACCGACCCACCCUCAGUCCGCCAGCUGCCCACCCACAGACUCCGACAUCCAACCUGUGCCGCUCGAUGAGCAACGAGCGUCCUCGGCGGGCCCUUCUCAUCUGUGCCCGGCCGCAGGGAAACCACCCACGGCACAAGGUCGUGGAGGUCGUAAGCCUCCGCCGUACCCCCACAACAGGCUCACAAAGAAAGGGAAGGAGCCCCGCAGCGCCCCCCCUUACCCUGAGAAACGAAGGCUGCUCUCGACCACGGUGUGAGACAAAGGAGCCGAGGGAGGAGGCUGACCGGAAAGAGCCGUGUUGACAGCACCAGCCGCAUGUCUGCAGGAGGAGAUUUAAGGCUCACCACGUCGAGCUGAGAACACGUUUCCACGGUGACAGGAUGCAAAUGCAACUCAUGGCCGCGCAGCCACAGCAGGAGGAGGAGGAGGAGGAGGAGGAAGAGGAGGAGGAGCUUGCACACGGGACACGAGGAAGCCGCGUGUUUCACGGAGCAAACCGUGACUCAGCGGGAGUCCAGGCAUCCGCCUUCAUCCCCUUCUGCCGCGUUUCCACCAUGACGGCGCCAGAAACGCACAGAAAUGAUCCCAACAGGUUUCAUGGAGGGUGGAGGCACUAGAGCGGGGGUCUGCGACCUUUGACCCCUCAGGGGGGUAAAAUAUCCAAUCAUAAUCCUUCUGUCUCACCGCAGUGGUGGGGGGCAGACUCAGAAACUCACGAACAUUUGCACCCACCGAGCACCCGUUAAAAAGGAAUUUUGGGCAUAAUGAAUGACCCCCCCCCCAAAUAAAAAAUGAUGACAUCACAGCGGGAGAAACCUUUAAAAGAAUGAAUGGGGCAAAAAAAAGUCUAAAUCUUCCAACAAAACCAAACACAUGGGGGGGUCGGGACACCCCUGGGAAUUUUUUGAAAUUAUUAUGGGAUGGCCACAGGACCUAUGGCAUGUCACAGCAAAGUGUGAAAUAUUAUUUGCACAAAUGUUCUAGCAAUCUUCCUGAAAUUUCACUUACAUGCCACUAGCUCUACGGAGCCCCCCCGGUGCCAGUGGUUGAAACAAAAAGCCACUGACACCUGGGGGGCUCCGUAAGCUUCAGUAUGCAGCUAUUAUACUCCACUUAACGCUGACCUUUGACCUCGAGAAGAGCCAGCCAUCUCCAUUCGCCCCACCCCCAAGGAAAGAAAUAACCUUUGGGACCUUCUACAGAUGUCAAAUCAGGGGGACUUUAACCUCCGAACUCCUCAAGUGUCAUCGGGAAGGAAAAAAAGCGUUUGUAGAUUUUGAACGGCGUUGGUGUGAUGAGCUCACAAAAAUGGCCUUUGCUCCUGAAAUCCUGAAAAUUCAUAACAUAAAUCUUUGGCUCAAGCUGAACGAAGCGAAAAAACAUAAGAUAUGACUAUAAUAGGAAAGUGGGCGUGGUUAACAAAGAGCCUCUGUUGCCAAGGGAAUCCAAAAAUGUACUUUUGCAGAUUCUUCUAAAAAUGACAGAUUCCUGUUUGUCAGCCUCAGGCCGACAAUAAAGAAAGUGGUUGCUAUGGCGAUAAGGCCAACAGAACAGCUGGACUGACUCUGCCAUACCGCUGUUGUUCUCCUGACAGUUCGGUUCUCUGAUCAAACAGAUGCAAAGCGGUUUGUGUUUUUCUGGUAAACGCGCCCCCAGGGGCUUCACUGUUGACGGUUGCAGCCCCCCCCCCGCCUCAGAGGACGUGUAGUAAAGGUACAGCAGGCCGAGUAGUUCAGACGAAGGCAGAGGAUGAGGAGGAGCUAUAUCUGAAGAACACAAACACACAGAUUGUGUGUUUGCUCCUGCAGUCUAACAUAACUGGGACAAUUGAGACAAUCAGCAAAAACUGUUAGGAAAGAGUUUUGAUUGAAUGAGAAAAACUGAGUUUAAAAGGAGAAAUUCUAAAAGGAUUUUCCAUCCGUUGGUGAAGCCGAAGCCUCCGUAGGUGAGCACAGGUGUGUUCACUUCAUGAGUCCAUUUUUAGUGAAGCUGCAGGUCUGAAUGCUGCUGGACUUCAGACAGUGUGAAUAAAGCUUGAUUAAAAAAAGGGAUUCUUUUAGGAUUUGAAAUUUGGUAGUAGUAUCAUGGUUUGGCUCUUUUGUUUUUAAAAGGACAGAAGUGAUUUUCUGGUUUCCAGACUGAAAGUCGCAGCAAAACCAUCCAGUCGCCAACCCUGAACGCUAACCUGAACCUAACGCUAAUCUAAGGGGGGUAAAGUUAUCCGACAAAAAAAACACGAAGAAAGUUCCGACAAUCGUAAAAAACAAUCCAGACGAUUGUUUGUGGAAACGCUCAAACAUUCCUGGGGGGGUUAUCCCUGCAGAACCGAUCAGCAGUUAUUGGUCUGUGCUGCAGAAACAGUGACGUGUAGAGGCUAGAAAUACAUCUGAAUACAAUCAAUCAAAAAUGGAAAAUAAAAGACUGUUGUUUGG